GACAUAAAAGUAGAGAGAAGACAUCGUGACGCGUCUUCUCCUCCUCUUUGAUUCCCUUCUCAACUAACUCUCUCUCUACUAUUAAAGUUGAAAAGCAACACACUUUGUAACUUCCCGGAGAUGGUUUCGUUCGCUGGCUUCGCCUUCGUCACUGGAUUCUUGCUGGGUCUCCUCGCCGUCGUUGCCGCGGAAGCUGCCGCGUUCUUGUACCUUGUGAAGCGGUUGAAUCGGAAGCAGAAAUCGAGUUCAGAUCCAACAUCAAAGGGCUCUGAACCUCCUCCUCUCGAGCCCAUUGAUUUCAAUCUCAACAAACAGGGAGUGAUUUGGGUUCUGGAGUUGGACGAGAGUUUAAAGGAGAAGUUACCAAAAGAGCCAAAGAAGAAGAUAAAUCACGUGGAGGUGCAUCCCGUUAGAAAAUUUGCUCGUAUCAAAGACCAUAAGCUCAUCUUAACAGACGCUGAUAGCAACAAGACUGUUAUCACUUUGAAAGGUUGCUCCGUUGAGGCUGUUUCAGGGUCUCAACUCCCCACAAGAAAAUGGGCUAAGAGGUUCCCUAUCCAAGUGGAGAGCAAAACUUCAGACUUGUACAAAGGGAACCGUGUGUUUUACAUCUACCUCGAGACUUCUUGGGAGAAGGAGUCUUGGUGUAAAGCUCUCCGUCUUGCUGCUUCUAAUGACCAAGAAAGGUUUAUCUGGUCGACCAAACUGAAAGACGAGUUCCGGAGCUACAUGGCUUCACUCAACGCUGCGUAUCCUUCUUUUAUGAAACCAUCAGCUGGUUUUAGCUUCGAGUCAUUGGACAAGGGAGUUAAGAUCGAUGGUCCUUCCUCAAAGGUUCGUUUGUUCUGGAAGAAGUUCUCUAAAAAGUGCUCAACCAAAGUGACAGCUUCAACACGUCCUUACCAAGACUCACAUUCCAACGGUAGCUCAGGAAAGAGUAAUCCAGCUAGAAAGAUUAGAGAUACCAUCAUCCCUGAGGAAACCGAUGUGGGAGCUUUCUCACGUUCUUGGAGCCACGCUUCGGAUGUAGACUCGGAAGAGAAGUUCUUCGCCGAUGAAGGAACCUUGGCGUGGAACUUGCUGAUCUCUCGGCUGUUCUUUGAUGUCAAAGAGAACGCAGGGCUGAAGAAUGCAGUGCACGAACGAAUCCAGCGGGUGUUGUCCAACAUGAGGACUCCUAGCUACAUAGGAGACUUAAUCUGCUGCGAUGUAAAGAUUGGGAGUCUCCCUCCGUAUAUACACGGUACAAGGAUUCUUCCGAUGGAGAUGAAUGGCGUGUGGGCGUUCGAGCUAGAUGUUGAAUACACUGGUGGUGCUGGACUUGAAGUUCAGACUCGAGUUGACGCUCGAGAGGAAGAUCUGCAGAUAGCCGAAGGAAAGCUGCAACCAAAUUCUUCAGGGGAUGUUCCACCAGAGUUCCUUGAAGGUCUUGCAGAUUUUGAGAAGCAGUUGAGUGUCCCCGGAGGAACUGGUGAUGGACAAGAUGUGAAAGUUGAUGAACCAAAGGGAGCAAAAGGUACAAAAGCAGCUCCCAACAAUGGAUCUAAGUGGAAGUCUAUUCUGAAGAACAUCGCUGAGCAAGUCUCUCAGGUUCCAAUUACUUUGUCAAUAGGAGUCUCUUCGCUUAGAGGGACACUGCGUGUACACAUGAAACCGCCUCCAUCUGAUCAACUAUGGUUUGGCUUCACAAGCAUGCCGGAGAUUAAAUUCGACCUUGUCUCAUCUGUUGGUGAACACAAAAUCACAAACAGCCAUGUUGCUAUGUUCUUGAUCAACCGUUUUAAGAACGGGAUACGAGAGGUCAUGGUGCUCCCCAACUGCGAAAGCAUUACCAUUCCAGGGAUGAUAGCUGAGAAGGAUGAUUGGGUCCAACGCAGUGUUGCGCCGUUCAUGUGGCUGAAUCAAGACUCAAGUAGUGAUCACGACAGCUUCGAAGCUGCAGAAGGUAAAGCUAAAGGUGAGAAGCCAACGAAUGGUGAACAAACGAAGAAAACUACCAACGUUCCGCAGAAAGCAAGAGUUGAGGAAGAACCUGUGGCUGCACAACAACCAGCUAAUUCCACAGCUCUUGCAGUAGAAAGUGAAAAAUCCUUGGAAGAACUCAAGACUCCCCUUCUGGAAAGCAACGAGAAGCUGGAGACAGUAGCACGAGGAGGCAACGACGGGGAGAUUGUUCCGGUUAGUGUCCAGCCACCGUCGAGGUAUAUCGUGCCAAAUGAAGAGGUUGAUUCGAGCUUCAAGGGGAAGAAAAUGGGAACAAGGGAGAGGAUGUUUGAUUUUAGGAAGAAAGUUGGGGAGAAGUUUGAAGAGAAGAAGCGUCACAUGGAGGAAAGAAGUAGACAGAUUGUUGAGAAGAUGAGAGGACCUUGAAGAAGCUUUUCUUUUUUCAGGUUUCAGAAACAAGGAAAGUCAAUAUAGAAUAGAUUAGUACAUUGUUAUUACUUGUAUCCGGUAUAUGUUUGGUGAAAAUAUCAAAAGAACUCAUUGCUGCGGUAUCUCUCUUUAUUCUUAUUAAUACAAACAAACAAA